UCGGUUGGCAACACUGAUCAGCCAUGUCGCGGCAGCGUGCCUGGCAGUGUUCGCUCCUCAGUCUGCGUCGAAACGCUGAGAGGUUAACAUCGUCUGUACCGUGUGAAUUCUGCGUUACGCGCGUCACUCGUACUGCAGUAUCAUAGAGGUUAUGUCCAAGAUAUCACUCAUAUUUAAUAGUGUUGAAUCUAUCGUGAACAGUAAUAUUAAUCCGCGAUUGUGAAGUGACAAUAAUGUACCCUUGUUUUGAGUAACAAGCAUGAAGUGUUGCCUGAUUUCUGUGAAACCAACCACCUUCUUGUGAGUCAUCGUGAAGGGCUGUUUUAUCUCCCUUGCUGUUACUAUCUCGAUCGAUGCGAAUUAAUAGCAACCAUCGUCGCCAGUGUUCUUGUUGCAAUUGUUAUGACGUGACUGACAUUCAGUGUCUGACAUUUUCGUCUGGCCGACUAUCAACAGCACCAAAUGUCACCGACUUUUUGCAACCGCAUGCUUCUGACUACCCAACACGACAAACGUUUUUGAAUUUUCUGUGUCGUCGAAUUCGAGCAUCACACAAUUUGGCAAAUUGACGUGCAGUGAACAGUGUAUGUUUUGUUUGCCUGUAGUAUAUGGUGUGUUGUAAAUUCGUUUAUUUCCGUUAAAAUAUUAUUGUGAAACAUUGUGUGAAUAUUUUACGCUGGAUAAAGUAGUGUUCUUGCAUUCUUGCACAUAACGGAUACGUCCGCAACACUGAUACAUCGCAAAAUAGAUUUCCAACCAUGACGUACUUAUGAUCUCAAGCUUAAAUCAGGAGGUCCCAUUAGCAGGUCUCAGAUGGACGUCUAGCAUAAGGAUAAAGUUUGUAGGACUGGAAAACCCACGCCAUUCAGCUAUAGGGAGGCGGCGGAAAGCGGUAGACGCGGAGGCGGCAGAAUGAAGCGGUGGCGACGAGAGGCGGCAGCCGUGCUGUUGGGUGUACUGGCCUUGCUGGGGGCGGCAGGAGAGGCGGCUGGCAGCGAGCAGAAGUUCGCGAUUGAGCCGCAAGACCAGACGGCGAUUGUCGGCAGUCGCGUUACGCUGCCGUGUCGUGUCAUCAACAAGAGCGGCGUGCUACAGUGGACCAAGGAUGGGUUUGGUUUGGGUGCACAUCGCAACCUCACUGGAUUCGAGCGGUAUUCCAUGGUCGGAAGUGACGAAGAAGGUGAUUAUUCGUUGGACAUCUACCCGGUGACACUGGAUGAUGACGCCAAGUACCAAUGCCAGGUGAGCUCCGGUCCCCAGGGCCAGGAGGGGGUUCGCUCCCACUAUGCCACGCUCACUGUGCUCACGCCCCCCGAGCCCCCCCGCAUCCUGCAGGGGGACCAUCUGCUCACCACCGAGGACCGCGAGAUCGAGCUAGAGUGCGUUUCGCUCGCCGGGAAACCGGCUGCUGAGAUUACAUGGAUCGAUGGGUUUGGCAAUGUGCUUAGAGAAGGAAUUGAAGUGAUAAUAGAACCUCUUCCCGAUGGCCGCAGAUUCACCGCCAAAUCGAUACUGAAGCUGACACCGAAAAAGGAGCACCACAACACCACGUUCACGUGUCAGGCACAGAACACAGCCGACAGGACAUACCGAAGUGCCAAAUUAAAGCUGCAAGUCAAGUAUGCACCAAAGGUGACGGUGAAGGUAGUAGGAGGCACAAGUAGGCUGAUAGAAGGCGCCGACGUUCGGCUGCUGUGUUCGGCGGACGCGAAUCCGCCCGACGUCACCUACAAGUGGUUCAUCAACGAUCAGCUGGUGGCCGGCGACCCCACCACCGAACUGGUGCUCACCAACAUCUCACGCAAGCAGCACGACUCCAUCGUCAAGUGUGAAGUGCACAACGCUGUCGGAAAGAGCGAGGAAUCCGAGACACUUGACAUCAGUUAUGGCCCCAGAUUCAGAUCGAGGCCUCGAAGCGUGCAGGCAGAGAUGGGAGCAACAGUCACUCUGUCCUGUGAUGUCGAUGGUAACCCUCCGCCCGAAAUCAGUUGGAUACAUGAAGACUCCGAUCGGGUGGUGAGCAUGUCGAGCAACCUGACCCUGACGGCGUCGCAGGAGACGCACGGCCGUUACUACUGCAAGGCGGUGGUGUUCGGCUUCCCGGAGAUCGGCGCUGAGGCGACCGUCUACCUGAAGGGCCCGCCGACCAUCAUCUCGCACCGCACCCAGUUCGGCAUCCCCGGCGACAAUGUGCGACUCGAGUGCUCCGCUUUCUCCAUCCCCACCCCCCAGAAGGUCGUCUGGUCCUUCCGCGGUGACGAUCUCGGAGCCGACAACCAUCACGAGUAUUCGAUACUGGAAGAUCCUCUGAGUGAAGGUGUGAAAAGUACACUUAUUAUAAGAGACUCAAGACAGGAGCAUUUUGGUGCCUACAAUUGUACAGUGUACAAUCAAUACGGCAGUGAUUAUGCGACAAUAGUUCUCAAAGCUCAAAAAAGUUUUCCAUUGAUCCUCAUACUGAUUGCCGUGUUUGGCGGUGUUGUAGUCAUAGUAGUAAUUACGUUGGUCGUCGUCAUUUGUCAGAGGAAAGUCACAAAAACUCCAGUGGAGAACUUGGACGCGGAAAAGCAGUGUAAAGAGAGCGACCGUUCGUCGAACAUCUCCGAACUGAAGAUGGAGUUGCGAACGGGUUCGUCGGUGAGCAACGUGCACUGUGAGCUGGAGGGGGGCUCGGAAACGGGCAGUGAAGCCAGGCUGGGCUUGCCCCUCGCCGGGCCUGUGCCCCUCGAUCACCGGUACUCCAACAACCGAUUCUCCGCCGGAGACUACCCCGAUCCUAUAUUCCCUCCAAAAACGGAUGGACAAAACAACAAUGGCUACGUGCCAUACGUAGAUUACUCACGUGACUACAACCCGCCGCCUCCACCGCCGGCGCCGACGUCAGUGGCGUCCUCAGUGACGACGGGUGGCGGCGUGGACCCGCGCUACUCGGCCGCCUAUGGCAACCCCUACCUGCGCAUCAGUCCACAGCUGCCACCUCCAACGGGGCUGGCGCCGCCCCCGCCACCCUACUCGGCUGUCCGCAACGGCACGGCACGACACGCCACCGGUCCGACAUCACCCGUCACGCAACAGCCUCAGUACAUCACGACACAGCAGGCGACCAUCAAACGUGGCACGCUCGCCACGCAUGUAUAAUACUAGCUCAACCACGCAGAACAUUCUUAGCCAGUGUCUCGCGAUUGCUCGUUGCCAGUGUGCGCCCGCCGCUCAUCAACUGCUGCAAAUGUAGGUUAGGUCCUAACCACUGCAAUAGGUCACCAACCUAACCUGACUGCUGCAAAUGUAGGUUAGGUCACCAACCUAACCUAACCGCUGCGAAUUUAGGUUAGGUCACCAAUAUGUCUUAACCCAACGAGGUUGGAUCUUGACUCAACGGAUUGGGUUGGUAACCUAACCCAACCUAACCUAACCGACUGCGUUUGUCAGAGAACUCUUGCCUUGUACAGUAUUAGACAAAUAAAUACGACUUUCACAAGUCCUGUAAAAUUCGCUGCGAUCGACUACUACAAUCAAGUGUUCAGUAAUAUUAGAGAAAAAACUUUAACUAAAUUUCGAUGAUGAUGAUCUUCCAACGAGAAAACGGAAUUGAACAGUGACUUGACUUGUCAAUUUUUAGUGAGAACUGUGCUGUUUCUGACGUUUAAAUUUCGUUUGAUGUGUUGUCAUUUAAAUCAUCUAUUCAGAUUUCGAUUGGAAUUGUUCUGGAUUGUGCUAUAUUUGUGUUUAAUAUGAAAGCACAUACACAGCAACUAUACACGGUUUGAUCAUUUAAAGCCUACACAGUAACUUCCCAAGGAAAGUGAGCUUGAUCUGGAAUAUUUCUGGAUUGUAAUGUGAUUUUGAGUUGAAUAAACACAAACUUCACAUGUAUCCUCGACGUGAUCAACUAAAUUAGUUGAACUUUGUGUUUAUAUCUCCAUCCUACUGUGUGUGAUGACUGUAAUACCUCUCCAUGUGCUCACAUUUACUGAUAGACUGAUACUGAUUAAAUUUAUGAUUGAUCAAUAAUGUUCUGUACUAUUCUAGUUGUUGUCUACAUCUCUUUCUUUAUUAUGUACGUGCCCGCUCGCGCGCGUGUGUAUGAGUGUGAUCUAUCUGUUGUGACUGUGACUUAUUCACUUCGCCUUGCCUUAAAUACUGUUUUGUGGUUAAGUUGCAUAAGUGCUAGAUUAAAUUUUUGUUUCUGGUCAUUUUCUUUUUUCGUGAUUCCUUGUCUUAAGGAAUUUUGUGUCACUUUUCAUUGCACAUCCGAGAAUAUUAUUGCAACUAUAGCCAUUUAACAGUCAUUAUAUAGUAGACUUUAUUAGAUCUUAGCUACUCUUGGAUACUUGGGUAGAAAACGUUGAACAUUUUUGUAAAUCUUUGUUUUGUAUAGUUUUGUUUCUAUGUUAUUAGUUCUAGUUGAUUUUCUCAGCAGUACAAUUAUUAUUAUUAUUAGGUACGAAUUUUGCGAUCAUUUUCAAGUUUUCUUUGCGAAAAAAAUCAUGAUUUCGAAUCAAAUUUUUAGUGUAAAUUGGAAUAAUUCUGUGAUGUUUAUUAUGUUAGAAACUAAUAUGGAUCGAGUUCAUUCUACUUUUUCAAAGAACAGUAGGUAAUUCUUGUUUUCUUUAUUAAAUCAAUUUCAUCAGGGGAAAAAUGAAAAGAAAUGCUCAUUAUUGAAGGAAAAUAAAACUUUCAAUCAUUUAUUUCCAUUUACCAUUUAUUUUUCAUUCAUGUAUAAUAAAUUCAUGAUCAUAAUCUUAGAAUGCCAGUAAUUUAUUUCCAUAUGAUUCUUAUGGUUAUCUCCGAAUUUCCCAUUACUCUCAAAUUGUCUUUUUUUGUAUUCAUUGUGUAGAAAUAUUGUUGGAAGGCCCUUAAACAGUUUUCAACAUUUAAGUUGUGGAAUAUUCAGAAGUCAUCAUCAAUAUUCUCUCUCAUCUAGCAGUACGAAAAAUAUUCUUGAAAAUUAUCCUUAUUGCUUUAGGAUGGAUAUGAUUUGACAGCUAUAUUAUUUUUCGCUCUUGAAGGGUUUCUAUGGCCAAAUAUUUUUGUCUAUGUACCGAAUAUUCUUAUUAUUCCAUGUUUUCAUGUUGAGCUUCGGGAUGGUAUUUCCCUAUCAAGAAUUUCUAUUAUUAUUUGAACUUCUGAAUGCCAUUUAUUCUGUAACGCCAAUAGUUUAUGUUUUAAGUUUUUUAUUUGGGUUUGUUCUAGUGAAUGGAUGUACGAAAAUUAUUCUGUAACUCAUAUUCAAGUGUGCUAUGGGAAAAUUAAUAUUUUUUCAUAUUAUCCUGUUUUUUAUAUUUUCUAAUAACCUAUCCAUCUCUACAAAGAGUGGAUACUUGAUUUCUGUUCAAGUUUGAUAUAUAAAAAAUUGAUGCGAUUUUCAAUGAUUUGUGAGAAAAAUGUUGAAAUCAGGUAUUAUCAGCAUACAUGGACUUGAAAACUAAUUAUUGAUUCCUGCCUGAAUCUUGUAUCUCCCUUUCACAAGAUCUGUGAUUUUAUACUGUUAAUGAUUGAAACAUCUUUUGUAAAACUAUUAGGAUUUAAUUGAAAAUGUUUGUAAUUACGUACUAGUGACGAAAGAUGAUAUUUAUGUGAAUAGUGUACAGUAUUUGCUACUCUUUGUGUAAAUUCGUAAGUCUCCUUCAUCUCUUUGUACCUUCAAGUUCAGAAUUUAGUAUAGUCUUCUAGAAAUUUGAGAGAAUGUGUAGGUGCAUUGACUAAAAUUCACAAUGUCAUUGUAUUUGUGGACAAUGAUAUGUCAGGCCUAAAAUAAAUUUGUUUGACUGGUGUGGAGAUGAGCUAAUUGGAAUGUACUACCUGAAAUAUAUUUAUGUGCUACAUUAACUCCACAGGAUUAGUUGAUGAAAAAUCCUGCAUCAAAUUAGUUAAAUUUUUCUCUCUGAAAAUUAAAUUUAUUUUUUAUAUUUUAUUUUGUUGAGCUGCCUCUUGUAAAGUAGUUUUAAAGUUAUAGGCUUUAAAUUAUAAAUAAAUGUAAUACUCCAGUAGUGACCACCCAUUGUAGGUUUACAAUAAAUUAUUAUCAAACGAAAAUCCGAAGUUUAAUGAUAAUUAUUUAUUUAUCAGCUUUUAAACUAAUCCAAUUCCUCAUUGAUUCCCAUCUGUAUAUCCACUUAAAACAUUGAAAUAGGGAGAUGAUUCUAUUACCGAAUUUUAUCAGAAAAUAUUCAUUCAUGUUUCAUGUAAUAUUACAAAAUUUCCCGAACUUUUCAAGCCUUUUUUCAAUUUAAAAUCACCAACUUUCUAAAUUAUUAUUGUGAAAUCAAGGCUUUUCAUAUUUGUGCCUUAAAACAGACAAUCUUCGUGUAGUUUGUUCACAAGAACAUUUUUGUGAGUGAUUUGCUUAUAAUAAUAGUUUCCGUGUUCUAUUCCCCAGUAUAUGGGAAGUUGAAAACAUGAACGAGUGUGUUCAGUUAUGUAUCUUCAUUGCCUCAAAAAGCUAUAGUCUAAAAUUCACCUU